AUGACCAAACAAGGAGUCCUCUCCCUCUCAAUUCUACUUGUGUUUCUCUUCCAUUGCAUCACAACUUCAGCUCAGCCAGCCGCGGCUCCCGCCAAGCCCGCCGAUGCCCCGGCCCAACUGCCAGCCAAUCCCCCGGUCCAGCCCGCCAAGGCCCCAGCCCAGCCUGCCAAUGCCCCGGCCCAGUCUGCCCUGAUCCCAGUGCAGAAGGGUCCCACCGACGUUACCAAAAUCCUCAAAAAGGCCGGUGGAUACUCGGUCUUUAUCCGCCUCUUAAAGAGCACAGGCGUGGCCGGGCAACUAUUUGGGGAGCUCAACGACACAAAUAUCGGGUUUACCAUCUUUGCUCCUACUGAUUCCGCUUUCUCAGAUCUCAAAGGGGGUACUUUAAACUCUUUGUCUGACCUACAAAAAACCCAACUAAUACAGUUUCAUAUCUUGAACACCAUUGUUACACUCUCAAACUUCCAAACCUUGAGCAAUCCAGUGCCAACAGAAGCUGGAGAUGUCGGCGAAAACGGGUUUCCGCUGAACAUUACCACGGCUGGAAACCAAGUUAACAUCUCCACUGGCCUUGUGAACACCACAGUGGGCGGUACAGUGUAUUCGGAUGACCAGCUUGCUAUUUAUCAGGUGAGCAAAGUACUUCUUCCGGUGAACAUUUUUUCUCCCAAGCCGAAAGUAGCCGCGGCGCCGUCGUCGAAGCCUAAGACAGAUAAGGAUGCUGAUGCUGCUGAGAGUCCAUCUGGUGCUUCUAAAGUGGACGAGGCUGCUGCAGUGAGACUCUGCAGGCAUGAAAUGUUGGCAUCCAUUGGAGUUGCUGUGGUUGCAUUCUUUGUUAUGAAAGGAACUUAAUGGAUUAUAUUAAAUGUCUGGUGGGCUCCAAGUGUCUAGUGAUGCAAGAUUUAC